AUGUUUGAAAGAAUUGGAUUGCUGUGUAGCCACACUUUUGUAGUUUUUAAGGAUUUGAACUUUGAGAAAAUCUCUUUGAAAUAUGUGCUGAAUCGAUGGACUAAGGAUGUAGCCUUAAAGCCUAUCUUCCAUAUUGAUGGUCUUAGCUUUGAUCAAGGUCCAAGCAUGGUUGAGAGGAAAGUGUUGUUGGCACAAUUGUGCGGCGAUAUGCAGUGUUGUAUUUGUCUAGCAAAAGAAACAGAAAUGGAUAAAUUGAUUGAAUUUGCACGAGUGGUUAAAGGGCAAACAUUGCUAUUGAUAACAGAACAAGCUGAUUUAUCCCAUAAUCAAAGGAAGAAUGUAGUUAUAAAGUCUUAUUGUGAGUCAUCUAAGCCUUCUGAGAUCUCUAUUCUUCAACCAAGAAAAGCAAAAAAACAAGGGCAGUGGUAA